AUGAAGUACCUGCUGGCGUAUGAUGGCUCGUCCAACUCCAAACAGGCGCUGGACUUGACGAUAAAGCUGCUGAAGCCGACGGACGACCAGCUGGUGGUGCUUACCGUGACAGAGCGCAUUCCUCAAGCGGACUGGCCCUUCUUCGGCGAUGUGUGGCCUAAAGAAGAGGAGGCAAAGCAGCUCACCCAGAAGAGGAAGGACGCCAACGACGCCAUACUCGAGGAAGUGCGUGCGCCGCUCAACGAACACAACAUAAGCUACACGCUGAUGAACAAGGUGAGCCUCGACGUGAGAAGCGAGAUCAUGGACAAGGUGGAGGAGAUACAACCCGACAUCCUGGUUCUGGGCGCUCGCGGCCUGGGUACCGUGCGCGGGCUUCUCAUGGGCAGCGUGUCCCAGUACUGUGCGCGCAACUCCAAAGUGCCAGUGCUGGUCGUUCCGCCGCACAAAGACGAAGUCUAG